GGACCCAUCUUUAGUACUUACUUGAAAGUACUAAAUCCAGCUGAUGUGAAUGGGAAUUCUUCCAAGUAAAUAGUGUACUUGCUGAAAAAUAUAUUGAUUUGACAACUUGGAUGCGGGCCUUGUGAUGACAGUGACAUACACGUACCGUGUAGCUGAUGCACGACUGGGCACCUUCUCACAGCUCCUGCUCCGAUGGAAAGGGAGCAUCUACAAACUCCUCUAUUGCGAGUUCUUAAUCUUCAUCUCUUUCUACUUCAGCAUCAGCCUCAUUUACAGGUUGAUUCUGAAUGAGAGCCAACGGCUGAUGUUUGAGAAACUGUCUCUGUAUUGCAAUCGGUAUGCCGAACUGAUCCCUGUGUCCUUUGUAUUAGGCUUUUAUGUUACCUUAGUGGUAUCUCGCUGGUGGGGACAGUAUGAGAGCAUCCCAUGGCCCGACCGUAUUAUGAACCUGGUCUCAAGUAGUGUGGAUGGAAAAGAUGAGUAUGGGCGCCUUCUGCGGCGCACUCUGAUGCGCUACAUCAAUCUGUUGAGCGUGCUGAUUUUGCGCUCUGUCAGCACUGCAGUCUUCAAGAGAUUUCCCAGCAUAGAACAUAUUGUGACAGCAGGCCUGAUGACUCCCGAAGAACACAAAAAGUUUGACAGUGUGAACUCAUCCCAUAACAAGUUCUGGAUUCCCUGUGUGUGGUUUUCCAACCUGGCAGUGAAGGCACGUAAUGAUGGACGGAUCCAUGACAGCGUGCUCCUCCAAGGCAUCUUGAAUGAAAUGAACACUUUGCGUAGUCAGUGUGGGCGACUCUAUGGGUAUGAUUGGAUCAGCAUUCCAUUGGUAUACACACAGGUGGUGACAGUAGCUGUUUACAGCUUCUUCUUGGCUUGUUUAAUUGGUCGACAGUUCCUGGACCCUGCAAAAGAGUAUCCUGGCCAUGAGAUGGAUCUAUUUGUGCCCAUCUUCACCUUCCUGCAGUUUUUCUUCUAUGCUGGCUGGCUAAAGGUAGCUGAACAGCUCAUUAAUCCAUUUGGAGAGGAUGAUGAUGACUUCGAAACGAACUGGCUCAUUGAUAGGAAUCUGCAGGUCUCCCUUAUGGCUGUGGAUGAAAUGCACCAGGACUCGCCCACCCUACAGAAGGACCCAUAUUGGAAUGAAUCAGACCCACAGCCACCCUAUACAGCAGCAACUGCAGAAUAUAAGCGAACAUCUUUCCUAGGCUCAACCUUUGACAUCAGCAUGCAGAAAGAGGAGAUGGAAUUCCAACCCCUGGAGCAGAUUAAAGAGAAUGAGGAAGCAAACCUGUCAAUGCCAUUGCUGGGGCAUAAAAGCCGCUUCCUGACUGUCCAGUCCCCCAGUUUCACCAGGUCAUCAAGAACGAACCUGAUGCAUCGGAGGAACGAAAAUGUCCCUUCUUCCCCUUAUUAUGCCUACCCAGAUGUGGGCAAACCUGGGAGUCCUCCCGGCAUUCACCAGCCAAGGGGGGACUGCUCCCCGCCAGGCUUCAGCUCCCAGGAUCAAUGGGACAAUGCAGUGAAGAAACUGCGAGAGUUUGAUGCCUUCAUGUCAACUCCAUUCUGUGAGCGGCCUGGCUUCUACAGCGCCCCACAGACGCCCAUCAGCUCCAUCCCAAUGAUCUUCCCAUCCAGGCAUCCAGGCCGCAAGAAGCCACCUGCUCUCUCUAGCAUUGCUGCUUGCUCUGCCACUUCGAGGCACAACUCCUCUGCUGGCCAGUCUCCUUGCAGAGCCAGCGAUACAGACAGGAGUGAGAACUCUCUUGGCUCGGGAACUAGAGAAACUUUUGUUUGGCCCACCGAAAAAGGCCAGGCUUCAGACUCCUUGGCUGUGACGGUUGAAGAGGAGGCAAAACAUAUGAUCAGUAGAUCAAAAGAAAUGGCUCCGCUUAGAAGCCCAGGAAGGGCUCUGUCCUCAGCAGACCCAGCAAGUCCCAAGUUUCCUUUCUUUUCUGAGUCCCCAGAUCCUGAGAUACAGGCUAACUUCAAGAGUCUGAAAGGCCACCAGCAGCCUUGGCUGAAUCCAGCCAACACCACGACUCCAAACCCAGACCACCCCAGCUACCUUCAUUCCUACGGCAUCAGGACCCCUACCGGCAAUGGCCCUCCCACCUGCUUUUCAUUCACACCUUUGACAUCCCCCAUGCUCAAGAGAUCCAGUCUGAGCAAAGCAAAUGCUGUUGUUGGCUCUGGCUUGGAGGCUUCUUCUGGAGUCAUAGAGCAGGAUACUCCAGCAAUAUCUGGGGCCACCAGAGACACAGGAAGUGGAGGCACCAAUGCUUAUCAUGCCAAGGAUCAGAGGAAGGCAGCCAGCUCUUCCCCUAAUGACUCAGGCAUCUCUUUGGCAGAAGGAGACUUUGUAGGACUAAUGGAAGUGAUCCUGGAAACCAGUGAAAGCACAGCUGAUGAAAGGAAGGAGACAGAGGUAACUAAAUGAAAUGGGAUCACAGAUUCUUUCUAUCUAGGAUGAUGUGAUUUUAAAAAAAACUUCAUUGGUACUCGGCCUCUAAAGAGACACCAGAAUCGCAUACAAUGAACUACAGAACAGCCAAGAAUGCCAAAACUUUCUGUUGGAAAGAUCGUUCCAUGGCUAUACAUGUGUUUUUGCUAACAAGCAGGUACUACGCUCUGUAAGACUAGGAAACCAGUUCUAAUUCCAGCAAGCAAAGGAGAGUGUGGGAAGGAUCCCCAUUGUCCCCGAAGCCUAGUCCCAUCCCUGACCAAAUGGGCAACAAGCUUCAGAAGGCAAUACUAAUUGGUCUGUCCCACCAUUGCAAGGAAGAUGACAGUCCGUUGUUUUGAGAGCCAACUGAGAAAAUACAGUGUCAUGAACUUUUUGAGUCUGGGAGUCUGGUGUGCCUCCACUUUUAACACUGGAAAAAAUGUCAUGUAUCACAUCUCAAAACUUUGGGGAGCACAUGCACAACAGCACUUCUGGAUAGGAAGAUUAAGGCUUAGAGAUUAGAAACCUCUGCAGGCUGCCUUGGUCAACAGUGUAACAUAUAAUAAUGAAGCUGUUUUGCUGGAUGAGCAUAGCUUGCUUUACACUAUAUAGAGGACACUGUAUUUUCCAUUAUGUCCGUUCACUAAAUACACAUUAGCAAUAGAAAAUAGUUAUGAGCUUUUAUGAGUUAUUUGCCUACAAUCUAUUUCUAAACAGCAGGUUGAAAACGAAGCUAGCUGAAGAGAAAGUUUCAGUUCCUAGUAACGUAAAUAGCAUCAACAGAA